GCGGCGCGCGCGCCUCAGUGUCCGCUGGUCGCUGCGAGCGCCGCUUCGCCACACCACAGCAACGCGACAGAGCGUUGCGCUUCGCACGCGGGCGUCGCCUUCCAUCUGCCGCGGAUUCCCGCUCAAUGGAAUAAAUUCCCUCUUUUUGUAGCACUACUUUCCCCGCACACCGACUGCGCCGUGCUGAAGUUUGAGACGACGCGCCGCGCGGCUAGUUAUUCGGGGAUGCACGAGUCUGAAGCCGCGCUCGUGUGACCGCGUAGCGCUCGCGCGUGAUUCAUUCAUUUCUUUUUCUCACGGCGCUGCCGGUGUUAUCACUGUUACUUGUUUUUUUUUUUUUUUUUAAACAGAAGAAAGAUGGACUAAAGUGCGUCGCUUCCACGAUGGGAUUGUUAAAACUUUCUUUCGUGCUCUUUGUAUUUCGUAUUGUUGCAGUUUUAGGGUUCGGGGUGGACCCAGCCUUGCGCGUGGACGUGUUCGGCGAGCUGCGCCUCGGGGACGCGUUUGCGGGAGUCUCGCAGGUGCCCGGCUUCCACAACGACACCAGGGCUUUUCUCUUCCAGGACACUGCGAGGGAUGUCAAGUCCUCAGCUGAUGCCACUGAGAGGAUCCUCCAGAAGCUGAGGAAUAAGAAGGAGUUCACGGUCCUGGCCACUGUGAAGCAGGAGACGCUCAACUCCGGCGUCAUCCUGUCCAUCCAUCGUUCAGAGCAGAGGUUCCUGGAGCUGGAGAGCAGUGGCCAGCGUAACGAGAUUCGUCUCCACUACCGUACGCAAGGCCAGCAGCCGCACACGGAGGUUUUCCCGUACACUCUGGCAGAUGACCAGUGGCACAAGGUCUCUGUAGCCCUCAGCGCCUCCCACAUCCUGCUGCAUGUGGACUGUAACAGGAUUUACGAGAGAGUGGUUGAGCCCCCGUCAAUGGACUUUCCAGAGGAGACUUCGAUCUGGCUCGGCCAGAGAAACAGUGCGCACGGCCUCUUUAAGGGAGUAAUGCAGGAUGUUCAGCUUCUUGUUAUGCCCCAGGGAUACAUCUCACAAUGUCCAGACCUGAAUCGCACCUGUCCCACUUGCAACGACUUCCAUGGACUUGUGCAGAAGAUAAUGGAACUGCAGGACAUCUUGGCUAAAACAUCCAGCAAGCUGUCCAAGGCCGAGGAGAAGAUGAACGGCCUGGACAGAUGCUAUUGUGAGCGGACCUGCAGUGUCAAGGGGGUCCUGUACAGGGAGGAUGAAUCCUGGACAGAUGGCUGCAAGAACUGCACAUGUUCAAACGGCACAGCUCUCUGUGAGCCCAUCUCCUGUGUCCCGCCUGUCUGCCCUCCUGACUCCGCCCCCGCGUACGUGCCUGGCCGAUGCUGCCAGGAGUGCCAGCCGGUGUGUUUAUUCAGAAAGCGGGUGUACGUGGAGGGCGAGAAGCAGGCGCUGCGUGAUUCCUCCGGAAAGUGUUUACUGUUUGAGUGCAGGGACAGGACCAUGCACCGAGUGGCGCCCUCUAUCUGCCCGGAGCUGAACUGUGCAGAGUCGGAGCAGAUGACCCUCCCGGACCGGUGCUGUAACGUCUGCAGGGGUCAUGACUUCUGUGCAGAGGGUCAUUGCUGUGCGGAGCAUUCGGAAUGCAUAAGCUUGGAGACAGGACCCCGCUGCCGGUGCCGGGAUGGCUUCCGCUCCCUCCGCGACGAUGAGGCCUAUUGUGAAGACAUUGAUGAGUGUGCAGAGGGGAGACACUACUGCAGAGAGAACACCGUUUGUGUCAACACCCCUGGGUCCUUCAUGUGCAUCUGCCACGCAGGCUACAUCCGCAUAGACGACUAUUCUUGCACAGAGCACAACGAGUGCGCCAGUGGACAGCACUCCUGCGACGAGAACGCGCUGUGCUUCAACACUGUGGGGGGCCACAGCUGCUCAUGCAAGCCAGGCUACACAGGCAAUGGCACAAUCUGCAAAGCCCUGUGUGACGGUCUAUGCCAGAACGGGGGCACCUGUGUUUCUCCAGACACGUGCAUUUGCCAGCAGGGGUUUACCGGGAAGAGAUGUGAAACAGAUAUUGAUGAGUGCUCCAGUGGCUUUGUGGAGUGCGAUAGCCGAGCUACCUGUAUCAACCUGCCCGGUUGGUACCACUGCGAGUGUCGUGAUGGCUACCACGACAACGGGAUGUUCUCAGCCAAUGGGGAGUCCUGUGAAGAUAUUGACGAAUGCGGGACUGGGAGGAACAGCUGUGCCAACGACACGGUCUGCUUCAACCUGGAGGGUGGGUACGACUGCAGGUGCCCUCACGGGAAGAACUGCACCGGGGACUGUAUCCACGACAACAAGGUCAAACACAAUGGCCAAAUCUGGGUCCUAGAGAACGACAGGUGCUCCGUGUGCUCUUGUCAGAGCGGGCUGGUCAUGUGUCGGAGGAUGGUGUGCGACUGUGACAAUCCCACCGUGGACUUGUUCUGCUGCCCGGAGUGCGACCCGCGCCACAGCAGCCAGUGCCUCCACCAGAAUGGACUCCUGGCCUACAGCACUGGGGCGUCCUGGGUGGAAAGCUGCCAGCAGUGCCAGUGUCUGCAAGGCGAGGUGGACUGCUGGCCCCUGUCGUGCCCUCCUGUGGACUGUGAGUUCACGUUGAUCCCUGAGGGUGAGUGCUGCCCGCGCUGCGUCACCGACCCCUGCCAGGCUGACACCAUCCGCAAUGACAUCACCAAGACAUGCACAGACGAGCACGGCCUGGUCCGCUUCAGCGGCUCCUCUUGGAUCAAGCAUGGCACGGAAUGCACUCUCUGCCAGUGCAAGAACGGACAUGUCUGCUGCUCGGUCGACCCCAUGUGCCUAUAGCCGCCACGCCGUGCUGCGCUGGGGCGGGGCGGGGCAGAGGGGUGGGGGCAUCGGGGCCCAUUUGUACAGCGUCCCCUGCGACAACUCCGUUCCCAAUCCACAGACCUCUUUAUACCAAAUACAGACGUGCGCCAUACCGAACGGAUGGCAGAGAACCACCAGGCCUCUGAUGCAGGAGGCCGUCGACGUUGCUUCAGGUAGCCAUUCGCGUUGAGGGAAAAAAAACACACAUCAAGGAGAAACUCUGUAAGUCUCUGUACAAAGUACCCUAUACUGGCAUGACUGUACUCGAUGUUGACCGUUUACUGAUUUUUAAUUCUUUCCAUUCCUAUGGAUCGUGGUGUUCUCAGUAGUGAAAGUCACCAUCCGUUUAGUUCCUCUUCUUUAUGAAACACACAUUCUGUUGUUUGGUAGCUCUUUGUUUAUUUCCCAUUUAAUUUAUUCUGUGGCUUG